AUGUGCUACAUCCAGGUGUUCUACCUAGGAGAUAGCACGCCAUAUACUGGUCAUUCAUUUGAAACCUAUGCUGCAUCCCGGAACAUGGGCAUUGUAUUCUCACUGGUCAUCUUGUCAGCACCUGAGCUGCAGAGGCUUUUCCAUUGCUCCGAGGGGGAUGCCCGCCGAGCCUGCCUGUUGUACCGUGGUGACGUGGUUCCUAAAGGUGUCAAUGCUGCCAUCGCCACCAUCAAGACCAAGCGCAGCAUCCAGUUUGUGGAUUGGUGCCCCACUGGCUUCAAGGUUGGCAUCAACUACCAGCCUCCCACUGUGGUGCCUGGUGGAGACCUGGCCAAGGUACAGAGAGCUGUGUGUAUGCUGAGCAACACCACAGCUGUCGCCGAGGCCUGGGCUCGCUUGGACCACAAGUUUGACCUGAUGUAUGCCAAGUGUGCCUUUGUUCACUGGUACGUGGGUGAGGGGAUGGAGGAAGGAGAGUUUUCAGAGGCCCGUGAGGACAUGGCUGCCCUUGAGAAGAAUUAUGAGGAGGAUGGAGCAGAUAGUGCUGAGGGAGAGGAUGAGGGUGAAGAGUAUUAACUUGUAUGCUGUAUUUUGUACUCCAUUGUCUUAGAAUCGUUUUAUUUUUGUUCUGUGGACCUGUCCAUUAUGGCCCUUAAUUGUCAAUAAAAGUGAUGUUUCCAUUUAAAAAAAAAUAAAAAAGUAAAUGCCUCCUAAAAGAGGAGGCUACUUUCUUUGUAUGGUUUGUAAACUGGCUUUGAAGGUACUUCUAAAAAAGAAGCACAAGAAAGGUGGUGACAGACAACAGCAUCAUUGGAAUAAGUCUCUAAUCACCAAGGCAACUCACACCCAUUUGGAUGUGUGCAUCUGGUGAUGUUGUUAUUUUCAAAGUUGUGUGCCACAAAGAUGCAUCCCUUGCUAUAUAAAAGAACUGUCAUUGCAUUUAUAUAGACAUAAAAAGGGUAAAGGAGAAGUCACCAAAUGGAAGAUUCUUAUGCAUUAAGUGCUCAGACAGAAUAAAUCUUCAUUAGGUGACAGCAGAAAGAAAAGACACAGACUUAGCCAUCUCAGGUAGAAGUAACAGUCAUCAGCCUCCUAGUUAGACAGACCUGGGUUUGAAGCUCUGCACAGCCAUUUCCUAGCUGGUCUGGGGAAAAUUACUUCAAGCCUCAGUGUCUUUAUCUGUAAAAUAAGGGGAAUUACAUUACCUGGUCAGGACAUUGUCAGAAUUAGAAAUAAUGUAGAGGUCCAACACAAGUAGGUCAAUCAAGGGAAGAUACUAAAAAUAACAACAGGUGAAAGGUACCCCCCAGAGAUAAAGUGGAUAACUAAAUGCAUCCUUCUCACACAUAGAAUACGAUAACCUCAGAAAAAUAUUGCCUAAAGUAAACAUGCCUGCCGAGCCAAUGUUCAUCAUCCAGGAAUAUGGAGAGGAUGUUUGGGCUAUGGGGGGGCGUGAUAUUUUACAAUUGUAUGGCCUUUUACCAAGGGUAGACUUGCAAGUUGCACUGGCUUCCCUGCUCUCUGGCUACCUGUUCCAGCAUCCAGAGUUUGUGAACCUGGGGCCAAGGGACAGAAUCUGGCAUAGACAGGUGCACUUGACAGCUCUAUCAGGGCUACUGCAGCUGUGUCGGGUGUCCCCACAAGGAGGCUGACAUCCAGCUGUUACCCUCGCAUUAAGCCCAGCCCCAGGCAGGGAAGCAACUGGUCAGAGGCACCUUUGACUUGGCACAUCAGCACCCACUGCAUUUUUCCCCUCCUGCUUUAUCUGCCCAGAGGGAUGCCCUCUUUCUUAUGUGUACAAGGCAUUGUAUCUAUAAUUUGUGGUCCUGCCAUAGCAAUUUUUUUUGCAUGUUUUCAUUUUUCAACGGAGUGAGGUUGCCAAGUUUGAAAAAUCAGGAAUUUUACAUAAGCAUCUAUAUUUCUGGCUUCUUCUGAAAAACAAUGUUCUUUCCACAGUGAGCCCACAUUCCUUCCUGACAACCAUCGCCUUUAAGCUGGAGCAGAGAGGCCUCUGCUAGCUUCAGGCCCAGACUCGCAGGUCGUCUACAGUCCCCGCGUACCUGGCGUCACCUGCAGGCCGGGGCCGGGGUUGGCUUCCACCGUGGAGGUUGCUGAGACCCUGUGCCUUCGGCUCUGACUUGCAGCCGGUAGCACAGACACCUCCAGGGGGCAGCACUCCAACGCAUCUUAUGAGUGAUGAGUGACAGGUGAGGGACAACAUCCUUCAGAACACAAAUUUCUCUCCUCGCUCUCUUGCCCAUUUCUCCGGAGAGUCAGAGAAAGCCGCUCCCAAGUCCAGGGGUCGGGCUCCGCAGAUGCCCGGUCCCUCCGGCGUGGGUAGAACAAAGCCACUCCCUGUCCUUGCCGAAGAAGGUAGAAAUAUCGUUGGCUGCUUCGGAGGCUGCCAGCAAAACUCAGACAAUCUCCUGGGCUGUUGCAAUCCAUUUCUUCGCUUUUUCAAAACAGUCAGGAAGAGGAGGAGGAGGUACAGGUGGGGAGACACACCAUCCCUGAAGAACCACUGGCAAAAGCCAAGUGGAGCCUGGUGCGGUGGCUCACGCCUGUAAUCCCAGCAGUUUGGGAGGCCGAGGCGGGCGGAUCACUUGAGGUCAGGAGUUGGAGACCAGCCUGGCCAGCAUGGUGAAAUACAAAAGUUAGCCGAGUGUGGUGGUGCACACUUGUAAUCCCAGCUAUUCGGAAGGCAGACGCAGGACAAUCGCGUGAACCUGGGAGGCGGAGUUUGCAGUAAACUGAGAUUGCACCACUGCACUUCAGCCUGGACAACACAGCAAGAUUCUGUCUCAAAGUAAAUAAAUAAGUAAAUAAAUAAAUAAACCCAAGCAGAAAAAAAAUUACUCUGAAAAUGAUCACAUCCAAGGAUCAAUGCUCAGACAGUUUAUGGAAUUCUCAGCCCAACUUGAUAAAAUCAGUAUUUGAGGAAACCGUGGAGGAGCCCACUCAUUUCAAUCCCCGCCCUGCCAGGUCCUGAGGUUAACGAAGAGCUGUAGACACUAUUAACUGCCACCUUAAGCUGAUCACUCUAGCUUAGCCUACUUUCCAUGUACAGAUUUUGCCAGUGGACAACAUGAUGCUUUAUCUUGUUUUUCUUUCCCUGGGACUUUUCUCUGGACAUUGAAAACAGAAAUACUAAUAAGGUCACUUUUACCUGUUUGGUGCAAGAACAGAAUUUUCAAACGCAACAUUAAUGCAACCCCUCAGUCCCUCAGAUGUAUGGGAAAGUUUCUAAAAAUAUGUGGCAGCACAAUUAUCAGAAAGAGAUGAGAUAUUGUUACCUAAUAAAAGUGCCAUAAAUAGAGAAUUAUGAACUACCAUGGGAAAUGAAUCCAUAGAAGAGGACAUGCUGGAAUGCGGGACAGUAAAAAUCACUUAAACUUUGCGUGACCUUGAAGAAAGUCACGAUGAUCUGUUUUUCCAGGUCCUUCAAAUAGCGCGGUGAGUUAUGGCUGUUUCCAGGUCUUCCUCUCCAAUGUUUUGAAUUUAGACCCUUUGUGAGUCUUCCUUCCUUGGACAGCCUGGAGCCUCUCUCAAGUCUAAAGGCUGCCCGAGUUACUCUCUAACAUCCUCUAGGCAGUAUCAGUUAAUGAGGUGAAUUUCAUGGAGGCAUCUUGUUUGCAGCAGUGGGAACAGAAGUACCUCUCUUAGAUAAUUUAGAACACUAGUGAGCACGGGGUCAGAUCACCCUGGGGUUGGUGUCACAACUGCAAAAGUGGCUCUGUGGCACUGAGUUCUUGGAUGGUUUUCUACAGCUGGUCCAGAUUUUCCAUGGGCUCACCUUUAAAUUAAAAGAAUUUCUGCACUUUCAAGAAUUUGAAAACAAAGCCAUGUGUGAGAAUAUGAGAUCCACUCAUAUGUCCUUGCAAGAAAUAGGUUGCAUUCCUUUUUCUGCACUUAAAAAGAAAGUACCUCCUCUUUUUUUUUCCAGAAGGCCAUAUAUGUAAAUGGUUCCAAAUUAAUCUUUAGCAUGUGCCCAUGUUGUUCUGAUUUACUAAACUUUAAAAACAUACAUAUUGUUCCCUGUUAACAGCUUUUGGCAACUUUUUCAGAGAUUAAAAUAUAUGAGCAAAUUAGCAAAAUGAGUACAAUUAUUAGCUAAUAUCAUUCAACAAGUACAAAAGAUACAAAUACCUCUACAAUACACAAAAGGCAUGAUUAUAGUAGAUUUUAUAAUGCCAUAGAAGGUUUCUUAUUUAAUUUCAUUCUUAAUUCUCAAAAUACAAUGAAAUUGCAUAGAAGCAAAGUAAUAUCGUUACCAGAAUAGUACUUUUACACGUCUUUAAGUGUUUCUUUGUUUUUAGGUAAUUAAAUGAUGUUGUAGAAAGAACAGAGACCUGGGUUAGAUAGAAUUCUGGUUGUCUACCUUAACAGUUUGUGAUACUGAGCAAAUUAUUUAACUUCUCUGAUCUUUAUUUUAUUUACCUAUGAAAUAGUGUUGGUAAUACUCAUAUCAGAGGGUGGAAAGGAUUAAAUGAGGUUCUAUGUAAAAUUUCUAACACGGUGCCUGGUACAGUGGAAGAUGCUUAAUAAAGAUAUCUUUCAUUAUUAUUAGCUUUUUUUCAGGUGAUGGUGAUUUUAAAUGUUUAGAUAAUUUUUUAAACUUCAGAAAUAGUUGAUCUUCCACUGAUUAGGUUUGCUUAUUUUAAUCAUUUAUUUUUAUUACCAGA